AAACGUCGCCCGACCGCAGCUUGCGAGACAACGCGCGUGACCGGCUUCACUCUCAGAAAUUCCAUCCGUCGCACGCUCCAGCCCGGCAACUUGAGCUGAGUUUCCUAGGUAGAAAUGGCUGCACCAAAAGACAAGAAAGGUGUUUUGUUAUUCGAGGAGGAAGAGGCAGAAGUAGACACGCCCACCGGAGCCAAGAAUGACGCGGCGCUACAAAACCAAAUUAACAAGUACCUGGAGGAGCGUACCUCUAAAAAGCAGAUGAAGCCAGGCAAAGCGGCCGGGGGAGAGGAGCACACGGGUAUCACGGACGAUGAGGCGGACGACGAGGGAGAGCCCGACUAUGACGUGGCGUCCCGCAUGACGCUCAAAGCAUCGUCUGAGGCUUUCUUGGAGGUCAUGGCGGAGGCGCGCAUGCAGUACCAGAAGGAGCAGAAGGAUGCCGGCAAGCCAGCGGCGGGCAAGCCAGCGGCCGCGGCGACUAAGAAGCCGUGAGCCCUGUGCCGUGGUGGCGACGGGUGUGAGGCAGAGGAGGGGGCAGCGAGGGUGGCAGGCCUGCUGAGUGAGGCGAGUUCGUGGUGUGUUGGGGUUUGUUUGUCCUCGUGCGCGAAAAGGAAACGGUCGCGUGCAGUGAAGGUGCCGGGUGCGGCCACCUGCCGUGUGUACUUAGAGUGUUUCUUGGUGGUGUGCGGGUGGGGUUGUAGUUGUUUGGCAGGCAGUGGCGACGACGGGCAGUUGCCAGGCUGCGGGUGCUACCGGCCUGUGCCGGUCCAUCGCCGCAAGAAUGAGCAUGGGCACCCUACAUGCAGAGCUUGGUACAGCAAGCGCAGCGAUGACACUGGAUACUUGUGGAAACUGGAUACUGGUGUGGCAGGUUGGCUACAGGACUGUGCGCUUAGAGCAGGUAUAGGGUACAUCGUAGUUGCCACUCGCGGGAUGCGGCGGUCUGGUGGUGGGCUCCAUGCGCUGGGUCAGCGGAGGGCUGCCUAGCGGCUGUGGCAUCGUGCAGACGUGGCGUUUCUCCCCAUCAAACCGUGGCUACUUGUGGAGAGCAGCCCCGGCUAUGUCCGGGGAUCGAAAUUACGUCGGCUGACCUGAGGCCUUAGAAGGUGUGGUGUGGUGUGCGCUCGGUCGCUCAGGCUCCGGGACCGUACUGGGGGUGCACGGCGGAUGGCAGGCAUAGCCAGCAAGGGGAGUCCGUGACUCAGUGUCGUCCAACCCAUUAUAGUGUAAAGAUGGAAGGGGACUUGCAAGGUAGUAGUUCGAGUUGGUCGGCCUGACACCGAGGCGGCGAUGUGAGGGCAGGGGCGGCGCGAGGGGUGGGGGGAGCGCGCGAAUGGCGGGCGGGCAGCUGCCCGAUCGUUCCACCCGAUAUGGAAUUUGUGAUUUUUAUAUGUCUGGUACUGUUAUUUACUACGA